UGCACUGCAAUUGUUCCUAUUCUGCUAGUGUCAUAAAAGGAAACAGUUUAUUGCAAUAGUUAAUAUUUUAUUGAUUUAUUAAUUUACUUCCUUAGUUAUAAAUCCUGUUAUUAAUAACUAAAUCCUCGAUUAAUUAUAUAUAUAUAUGUGUUUUAGGUGUGACAUUAAAAAUUUUAUCAAUAAUUUUUUUUUUUGACAUUUCUAGUUAAUCUGCCGAUUUUCCGAAUUUGUAUUUAUAUUCUAAUUUGCAUUAACAAAUAAUUAUUAAAAUUAAAAAUCAUGAACUCGAAUUAUGAUGGAUUAACCUGGACGGAAGUUCGAGAUAUAUUUCGAAUUUGGCGAGAAAAUUCUGAACGUAAAAGUAAGGAUGUUGUUGACUUAUGGGAAUCAACAUUGAAAUCAAAAAUGAAUAAUCUUGGAAAUGAAAAAUAUUUGAUUUUGGAGCAAGUUUGUAUAGCAGCUUUAGAUUGUUAUCGACUCGCUUUGGCUGAACAAUGUUUAAAAAUUCUAAUGAAUGAAUUCCCUGGAAGUCUUAGAGUUCAUAAAUAUCAUGCAAUGCAUUUAGAAGCUUUAGAAAUGUAUGACGAAGCAGUGGAAGUAUUAGAUUCGAUAAUAAAACGAGAUGAAACAAAUGCAGCUCCAAGAAAAAGGCGAAUUGCAAUUUUAAAAGCAAAGGGACAAAUACCAGAAGCUAUUAAAGAACUCACGGAAUAUCUUAAAAAAUUUAUGAGCGAUCAGGAAGCUUGGCACGAGUUGAGCGAUUUAUAUUUACAAGAGCAAGAUUAUUCUAAAGCAGCAUUUUGCAUGGAAGAACUUAUACUUCAUAAUCCACAUAGUCAUUUAAUUUAUCAACGUUACGCGGAAAUAAAAUAUUCUCAGGGAGGAUAUGAAAAUAUUGAACAAGCAAAAUCGUAUUUUUGUCAAGCAAUAAAAUUAAAUCCAAGCAAUAUUCGAGCACUUUAUGGAUUAUUAUUGGCAACGAAUCACAUCGCCUCGUCGGUGAGAAGUACCGCUGCAAAAAAGAAGGAAGCAAUAAAAUUGAGUGAAUGGGUCGCAAAAGUGUUGGACAAUUUAUAUAAAUCGAAAGUAGAUGAAGAUGAAGGAAUUAAAGUGGUAGAAGAUUUAUUAUCUCAAUUACAAAUUGAAGCUUAGUCUCGAAAAUUGGUAAUUUAGGUAAAUAUCUCAAACACACACACACACACACACAAAAAGGGUAGAGGCACUAAUUUUGCAUUUUCUAAAGAAAACUUUUUUUUCUAUCCGCAUUUUAUAAUACUGUACAGAAUAAUAGUACAGUUAGGUUUAAUAAAUGUAAACCACUAUCUGUUUGAAUAGUAAUUAUUAGAUAAAAUUUAAAAAAAAGAGUGAUUGUUGUUUCUUUGUUAUAAAUAUUGUACGAAUCGCUAUUACAUUUCAAAAAGAAUGAUUACUGAGAGUGGGGAGGAAGAAAAAAACUUUUAAGAAAAUGUUACUGCGAAGCGAAUUUUCGUCAAUUAAUUCGUCUCAUUGUCAUUAAAUAUACUUCGUUGAUUGAAAACAAAAAAAA